AUGGACCCCUUUCUGAGGAGGAAGAGAGACGCAGAGAGGGUCGUCGACAUGGGGGGGGAGCUCCCCAGGUACGCCUCUAUUUAUGAGAACUGCCAACGUGACGUGUGCAACGUUUAUGUGAACAUCUUCAGGAGGUGUAAAGGGGGAGCAGCAGGGAAGGGGGAGGACACCUUUGGGGAGGACCCCAGAGGGAUGGAAGAGCAGGUCAAACGCAUGGUGGAGGAGAGAAACCUGAAUGAUGGUGCAGCGGACAAGUCCAUUAAGAAAAGCAUCGACUUGCUGGCCGCUCCCUGCAUUUACGAGAUAAACAGAAGCCCCGAGUAUUUCACCAGCUCGUGCUGUUCGGGGAGGCUGGUCAUCUUUGGGCAGGCGGGUGAAGAGAAAGAAGUGGGUGAAGAGAACGAAGCGGGGGAGGAGGAAGAGGAAGACGCGUUCGUUUCGUACCUAAGGAGGAGUUACCACGGGGGUGGCCCAGCUGACCCCACCGCGACGGGAAGAAAGGCAUCCCCCGAGAGGGAGAAGCCAAAACACAAAAAAAAUGUGAAGAUAUAUUACUCCAGCCAUAUGCACCAAAAUUUGAGAGAAGACUCCAAAUUGGUGAAGCGCAUUUUAACGGAGUGCCUAACUGGUGGGGAAACUUCACCCCAUGUUAGUGAGACAGGGGAGGAGGAGGACUCCCGAGUGGUUACUCCACAGAGGAGCCCGCCAAGUGGAGGUGACCACCACAGGGGAGAGCCAAUCUGGACGGAUGGGGAAGAGCUCACCAAAAUGCCCCCAAAGAAGACGAAAAAGAUUUUUUUAAAAUUUGAACCGUUUAUCAUUCACGUUAAGUGUGCCAACCUGGUGAGUGCGUUGAGGCUGCUGAAGGUGGCACAGAUGGCUGGGCUGAAGCAGAGUGGCCUGCUGAACUUUAGCCGCUACUUUACUGUGGCGAUUAGGGGGUCCAUGCGUCUGGAGCAUUACGUGGGGGAGGCUACUUCUCUGGGGGGGGUUACUUCCCUGGGGGAGGACUCCAUCGCGAAGCUGCUUAGCCUGUGCAAUGGGAAGAUGGACCAGAAUUUGAGGCAGCUCGUGGGGUUUUACCGCUGCUACAGGGGGAGCACGCAGUGGGGGGAGUGCAACCAAGGGGGAGGACGUCCCCCCCGGGGAACCGCCCCAAAGGACCUUGCCUGGUCAGGCGAAAAAGAAGAAAACGGGAGCCCCACAAUGUCAAACACGCAGUGGGGGGAAAAGAAGAAAAAAGGAGCGAAAGGAGUGAAAGAAGCGAAAGGAGCGAAAGAAGCGAAAGGAGCGAAAGAAGCAAACGAAGCAGAAGAAGCAAAAGGAGUGGCAAACGGAGUGGCUAAGGGAGGAACCAAACUGAGCAGGUACAGCAUAGAACUGUCCGACGAGGGACACAUCAGGAGUGGCUCCUCCCCAGUGGGAGGGGACUCCCCAUUGCAGUGGAAGCUCCUUUCCAGUGAGGGGGAUUUGGAGAAGUUCUUCGUUUGGGGGCAUGAUAUGUUCAUAGGGGAGGGGAAGAUUUACCUGUUUGGCGGGUUUGUUAAGGGGGUGAGGAGUAGGGAGUUGAAAGUGUUUGACGUUUCGAGGAAGAAGCUUUGGAGCUACGAGACGCCGCUGCCAGCACUGUCCUACCAUUGCUUCUUCCGGUUGGACAGCAACUACGCGUGUGUGUUUGGUGGGAGGAGGAGUCCUGAGAGUUGCUCGAGCGACGUUUGGCUGUACGACGUGCGGAGGAAUGCGUGGUACCGCAAGAAGCAGAAGGAGGUGUACCUCUUCUACGUGCACGGCGGCGUUACGGAGGGGAAUGAAGUGCUGAAUGACAUGUGGGAGGGGAAGCUCACCGUUUGGGAGAAGCCGACCGUUUGGGAGAAACUACCCGUUCAGGGGAACACACCCGUGGGGGUAACUGCCGUCAUCGAAUGGGAGAGGAAGAACCGCUCAGGGAAGGGCAAUCGAGAGGGGGCGAUCUCCCCCCCCUUUGUGAAGAACCACACCAUGGUGUAUAAUAAAAGGAGGAACGUCAUCCACAUCGUCGGGGGGUGUUCCUCUGCCUGGGUGGAGGGUGCACCCUCGAGUGAGUCCAGAGAAGAAGACCGUAUGGAGCACUUACACACGUAUGACGUGAAGAGGGACUACUUCUUUAACGUUCGCUGUGGAGCCAGCGGGGAGGAUGGCCAGGGGGCCUUCCCAUUGAACCGCUUCUCUCACGCGACAUGCUUGUGGGGGCACAACGAUUUUGUCCUUAUGGGAGGCCUCAACAUGCAUCGAACGCUGAACGAUGUGUGGCUCUUUCGGAUGAAGGAGAGCAAGUGGUAUCGGCUGGGUGCGUUCCCCUUCAAGAGUAUGUACGUGAGGGCGAAGGUUGCCAGUGAGGGGGACUACCUGUAUGUGGUCGGCGGCGGGUGCACCGUCUUCACCUUCGGGAGUUUCUUCGACGUGCCCGUUGUGGCGAAUUGUAGAAGGGUUUUGCUCGAGCGGGGGGGAGAGAAGGGGGGAGAGAAGCGGGAAGAAAAGGAGGUGAACGAAUGGGAAGGUAAAGCGACGAACAACCGCAUGGACAGCCGCGUAGACGAAGCGGGAGAGGAGGGCCAGUUGGCCAAAUCCCAUUUUUACCUCGAACGGAGGGGAGAGAGACCUGGGAGGACGUCGCGCCGGAGGGCCAGUCGCAGCCGAAUGGAGACCCCCCCAGGGAAGAAGCCACCGAAGGAGCUGCUCUACCUAAUUGCCAAGCACCGAACCUACGUGAAGGAGGUGAAAACAGCGCUGGAGAGGAUGGGGGCAUUCGAUAAGAGUCGCAAAAUUGAGGUGUACAAGGGAGGCAUAAGUGGCAAAAAUGAGGAGGACUCCUUUCUCCUCCCAGUUGUGGAAAAAAUAGAAAUGUUAAAAAAUUAUGAACAGGUCAGGCGAUUUUUUCCAUUUGAGAAGAUACAGCUUAGAGAGGAAGGACACAUUUUCUACGUACAUAGGAGUUCCCAUGGGGGGGAGGAAAAAACGAGUUUGAAGAGUUGCCUGGCGAAUCUGUUCAACAGCUUUGCUAAUGAGAAGGUGAAGAAGUACCUGAGCGAGUCCGAGAGGAAGCUCAUCGUGAGGGCCAGCGCCAAAUACGAGGUUUUGGGGGGCAUCGUGGUUUUCCACCAGAGGCAUUUGGGGGGGGUUCUCCGGCUCUACCGGGCGGCGAAAAGAGCGGCGAAGCGAGCGUCGAAGCAAACGGGGGAGUGUACGGGGAAGUACGCCCAGCUGAGGGCCCUGCUGAGGAAGUGCACCGGUAGGAAGAUCAUCUCAUCGGUGGACGCACUUUGGCUGGACGUGAGGGACGCGUUCAACCGGUUCGGGGGUGGCCACGGAGGGGAGGCGACCAGGAGGCAACCGAAGCUGCGCGUGAGGCGCGUUGGGACGUUUCUUAAAAUUGCGAGUCUGGCGAGGAGGCGCACUGUGCUGGGCGGCUUGGCGACUCGCUGGGAGAGCGGAUCGCCCUGCGGUGGGGGGGAAGAAGGUCAUUAUCGUGGUGGGGGAGAAAAUGUGCACCUUUUGAACCCCCCCUGGCGGUCCCCCCCACCCGCUGGACGGCGCGCAGUGAGGGUGGAUCAACUAGCCAAACUGAAGAAGCAGCUGGAAGACCUACUCGAAAGCAAAGAGGGGCGAAAGAACAACCCACGAGGGAGAAGAAUCAAAGCGAUAGCCAUUUACGAAAGGAUAGAAGGAGCGAAGAGACAAAAUAAAAUCCACGUAGUGCUCGGAAGGAACACCAAAACGAUACACGUAGAAAAUAAUGUCGUGUAUAAGCUAGACUUGCAGAAGUGCAUGUUCUGCUCAGGCAAUGGGACAGAGAAGGAGAGGAUGAAGAGGCUAUUUCUCAACCGAACUAACAUGGUGGCGAGCAAGGAAAUCGUGGUGGAUUUGUUCUGUGGCGUUGGCUAUUUCACUUUGCCUAUCCUAAAGUUUGUAGGUGAGGGGAAAAUAAAGGAGUUCUACGCAUGUGACAUCAAUGGGGAUUCUUUGAAGCUACUUAGGGAUGCUAUACGGAUGAAUAAAAUUAAGGCCACCCAUUUGCACCUUCUAAGGCAGAACUCCUUUGCCGUGACGAAGAAUGCGAAGCUCCUUCGGAGGUGUCAUCGUGUUCUCCUCGGCUUGUUGCCACACAGUGUAGACGCCUGGUGCAAUGCCUUUCACCUUCUGGACGGUAAGGUGGGCGGGACCCUACACAUACACGGCGUUGGGGAAAACGUCUUCCGAGAGCAGUUCGUCUGUCAAGUAAGCACCUACAGCUACGUGAGCAGCGUCAACGGGGUUGGUGAGACUACCGUAAAUAGUUUGUCCCUUCCUGAGUUGGUUCGACGGGGGUUCCAACAGACGGACGGCAUGCAGAGUGGAGGACCCCCCUCCAUUGGGCAGUCAUCCUAUCCCCCUGGUGAGGAGGUUCCCGGGGGGGGUGGCGACAAAUUGGGGAAGAAGGCGAAGGGCCCCUACAGAAGCAACAACGUCCCCGCGAGUCUCCACUUUGCUCAAUUCGUCCUGCUGGAAAUUUUUAAACUCGCCCUGAAGGACUACCUGGCGCACGGGACCCACUGGGUCGUCUCGAUCCUGCACGUGGAGCGCGUGAAGUCCUACGCGCCGCGCGUGUACCACUACGUCGUGGAUGUGCGCUGCGCCCCUGCAUGCCGUUGA